AUGGCGUCCUUGAAGGCGCGUGUGGAGGAAGUUAUACGAAGCGAUACUCUCAAAAACGGGUUACUUGAGGAGAUGUUAGCAGACAUCGAACAACUUACACAGCAACGUGAUGCCGCGAGGAAUGAGCUUGAGAUGGCUCGAGACACUGCUCGCACCUACUAUCAAAAGAUGGUCCAAGCAGAGUCGGAGAAGUCUCUAAUAAAGACAUCUAUGGAGUGCGAUAGGUUCAUCCUUGUGUUGGUUGAUGGCGACAGUAUGCCGUUCCUUGAUGAAUUUGUUUCCAGAGGCGCGGAAGGUGGAGAAGAGGCAGGCAAACACCUUCGAGCCGCAAUCUUGGAAUACUACAAGACCAAUACCAGAUACCAUGCUGAUGACCGGGUCAUCAUUCGCGUCUAUGCAAACUCUCAUGGUCUGAGCAGAACUUAUAAAGCAGCUAAAAUCAUCGCCGACGAGGCCAUCUUUGACCAAUUCAUGGUUGGAUUCAACAGAAGUCACCCACUCUCAGACUACGUCGACGCAGGCAGCCACAAGGAGGCCGCUGACUCUAAAAUGAAAGCAAACCUCGAGCUCUUCUAUCGCAACUAUCAUUGUCAACACAUCAUCUUCGGUGGUUCUGCAGACAGCAGCUACGCUGGCUUUCUUGGUCCGUACGCACUCCCAAACACGCUCAACGAUCGCAUCACGCUCCUUGAGGGCCCACCCUUCCCAUUCGACUUCAAGAAAGUCGCCCAAGGAUUCCAACAAAUAUCCUUCAAGACGAUCUUUCGGUCAACCAAGAUUCAAAUCGCUCCGAAUGGUACGAUAUCAGUCACCGCUGGUGUCAAGAGACCUGCACCUGAUACAUUGUCAGCAGUGCGAGAUCGCCCAUCGCCGCGGCCUGUGACUACCGCUUUGACACCUCCCACGACCAAGCUUGCUUUAACUACGCAGCAGCCUGCGGCACCGCCGAUUGUUCCUUCGCCGAUUAUUUACCAGAACCAAUAUGGGCAGCGACUGGAUAUACCGCUCAAAAUCGACAAGCAGUAUCUCCAGUACCUCUAUGACUUCAAUUCACGUCUCUGCAACAAUUACUACCUGAAAGGUCACUGCCCAUACGGCGCGAAUUGUGAGUGGGAUCAUUCACAAGUCCUCAACCAAGUCCAGCUCGAUACCUUUCGAUAUAAAGCUCGAACAUCCGCCUGCCGAAAUGCAUUCUGUCAGGAUCCUCAAUGUCCGCUUGGCCAUAUGUGUCCGCGCAAUGGGGCAUGCCACAUCCCUGCGUGCAAAUUUCUUCCGGAGAUGCAUAACAUAGAUGUUAGCCAAGUUUACGAAUACAACACUGCAACCCACGAGAGGAAGAGGGUGUCAUUGCCUGUCUAG